AUGCAUCAAUGCAGCUACUGGAAGAAGCCGGUGCUAUUUCUGGUCUUUCUCAAGAUGCCUCGGUCGCUUCCACGACAAUUCAUAUCGAAGGUUCUUGAUUAUGCCAAGUAUUGGCAAAUAUCCCGAGUCAAGAAAGGAAAAACGGCAUCUGUCAUGGAGAAAGACUGCAAGGAUUAUCUCCCAUAUUUAACGUCAGACCCAAUCCGAGGACCGGUCAGAGAGAUCAAAAUUGCUCUAUGGAGUCAUAAUCAGGGCUUCAGUGACUAUCGUGAGCAUCAUGGUACAUUCGAUCAUUCGUGGACAUGGUUCGAACUCGGAGUUGAGAAGGCUUCAGGCAAAAAAGACAUCCUGGAGUGUCAGGGUAGCAGUCAAUGUGCAUGCCAGUGA